CGGGCACCCAGCGCGUGCGCGGUGAGUGCAGCCCCGGACUGGAUGGGACCGAGGGGUGCGGGAAGCAGCUGCUGGACAGGUCAGAAACACCAGGUGGGGACCGAGGCCGCACCCCGCCCCGUGUAGCUCUGAGUCCCAUCGGAGCGCAAGCCACCUGAUCCACGGUGGGAAACUGAGGCCCAGGAAGAACCUGCAGACAUGGCUGAUCCUGGGGCAGAUGAGCCCUCCUCCAGGUCAGGGAGUACUGACCAAGCAGGUCAGGGCUCUAAGGACAGAUUGCUGCUCCAUCAGAGGCUGGCCAUCAGAGAGCUCAUCGACACAGAAGUCUCCUACUUGCACAUGCUUCAACUCUGUGCCUUGGACAUCAGGAGUCACCUCCAGCAGCUGCCACAGGAAGAUCUAGAUGUCCUGUUCUCAAACAUGGAUGACAUCAUCCAAGUGAGCAGCAGAUUCCUUCAUGGUCUUCAGGAGAUGGCUUCCAUGGAAGAGGAGCAAGCACACUUAAUUGGUAACUUAUUCCUGGAAUUCCAAGAGGAGUUUGAACGAGUCUAUAAGGUCUACUGUGCCAACUACGACCAGGCUCUGCUGCUGGUCAAGGCAUACAGGAAGGAGCCAGAACUACAGCAGGAGAUCCAGGGCAUCAUCGAAGCAGCGGUGCCACAAGCUGGACCUUCAGGUCUCAGUUUCUUACUGGUAAUCCCCCUGCAGAGGAUUACCAAGUACCCCCUCCUGCUGCAGAAAAUCCUGGAAAACACACUCCCCAAUGCCAGUGCCUACCCCAUCCUUCAAAGGGCUAUGUCUGCCCUCCAGGGCGUGAACAGCAACAUCAAUGAGUACAAGAUGCGCAAGGAAGUGGCCUCAAAAUACACCAAGGUAGAGCAGCUGAGCCUCCGGGAGCGGCUAGCCCGCAUCAACACACAUACUCUGUCAAAGAAGACCACCAGGCUAAGCCAGCUAUUGAAGCAGGAGGCGGGGCUGGUACCCAGAACCGAAGACAAGGAUUUUAAUGAUUUAGAGGAGAAAUUCCAGUGGGUGUCUCUGUGUGUGACUGAGCUGAAGAGUAACGUGGCUGCUUAUUUGGAUAAUCUGGAGGUUUUCCUCCAAUUCCGGCCACAUGAAUGCAGUCUGGACAUCUCCGGGGGUCCUGCAGAGCAGUACCGAAGCCUGGCGAGAGACCUUCAGCUUGAGGUCUUCCUGGAGUUUAAGCAGCGGCUGGAAGGCCUGGUGUGGAAGCCACUGUGCAGCCUGACCAGAGCCCUGGUCGGCCCUCAGAACCUAAUCAAGAAACGUCUGGACAAACUUCUGGACUUUGAGCGAGUGGAAGAGAAAUUGUUGGACGUGGGCAGCGUGACCUAUGAGGAGGAGGAAGCCAGACACACAUACCAGGCACUCAACUCCUUGCUAGUGGCCGAACUCCCAAAGUUCAACCAACUGGUCAUGCAGUGGCUGACCCAGAUCCUGCACUCAUUUGUGGCCCUCCAGAGGGACCUUGCUGAUCAGGUGCUACGGAGGGCAGAGAGCAGCAUGGUCCAGCUGCCCCACCACCGUGCCCCGGAGCCUGACUUCCGGAAGCUGCUGGAGGACACACUAGGCCAGACCUGUAGCCAGCUUCACUCCUUUCAAGAGAACUUCGAGAAGGUGCUGCCACACCCCAGCACUCAACCUCUUCUCCCAGGCUCUGAAUACCAGAUGCAGGCUCUCCUGACCAAGUAUGGCCCUGGGAAGCUAUACCAGGUGAUGAGCAACAUCAGUGGGACUGGGACCCUGGACCUGACACUGCCACGGGGCCAAAUUGUGGCCCUUCUACAAAACAAGGAUACCAAAGGCAACAGCAGUCGCUGGCUGGUGGACACAGGGGGACACCGGGGGUAUGUGUCAGCCAGAAAACUGCAGUUGUACCACAUGGCUCCUAGUGAGAAGGCGCUCAGAGGGCUGGUUGCGCCACAUGAGAACUUCCAACUCCUAACACCAGAGCCCACCCCAGCCCCCAGCCCCACUGUCCAGGCCAUGACCCAGGUGGUGGCAGCAUACCCCUUUGUGGCCAGGAGCAGUCAUGAAGUGAGUCUACAGGCAGGCCAGCCUGUGACCAUCCUGGAGGCCCAGGACAAGAAGGGGAACCCAGAAUGGAGCCUGGUAGAAGUGAAUGGACAGAGGGGAUAUGUGCCUUCCAGCUUCCUGGUCAGCAGCCCAAGCCCAGCUUCCUGGGGCUGGACUCUGCCUUCUUAGGGUAUCCUCCUUGGAGCCUCCAUUGCCAUGGGAAGGGAGAGGCUUAGAGGCUGUGACCUGGCAAAAGCAAAGUGGAAGGUGAAGAGAAGUGAAGGACACUCAGAAGGCAGCAGGAAGAGAUGAUCGGGCCUUGCAGAGUACCUGGCAUGAGGGCAUAGAAGGCUCCAGCAAGAUCACUCAUGUCUGCAUAGAGAAGUCAUUCCAAGCAGGUCACGGCUGAUUAGUCAGGACUUACCACAGCUGGCAGGAGGUCUUUCCUGGGCCUUCUUCAUGCCCCUGGGAGCUGACCACUGACUGGGGUGAAUGUUGCCUGUGUGUCAGGCAGGUAGUUUCAGGUGCAGGUGUUGUUGAAGAAGUUCAGAAUGCCUGGCUCAGCAGCACACUUCCUACAGCACUACCAGGAGACGCCAUUACUGACCAGUCAUCUUUUCUUUCUUCCUGCCUUAAGCUGAGCUAUCUCAGGCAAUGAGCCAUGGGGAAUUCUGCUCAAGGGAGAAGCCAUGGAUCCUGGUUCCCAGGAGAUUCUCUAUGGGGCUCAGGAGUGGGUGUGACCCACUCAGGGUUUGGGAAUGUAUAUGGGCAAACUUAGGUGGUUCCAGGGAAGAGGGGAAUUUGAGGAUCGGUUAGUUGGGUAUAAGAGGCUGUUGGCAGUGAUGUACUCCAUUGCUGUUUUCUCUGGACUAGGAGACAAAGGGAUUUGGCAAUCAAUCAUAGCAGAAACCCUGUGAGGCAGGUGACUACUGCCUGGUAGGUGGGAAAGGUGAGGAAUGACUUGCUUUCCUGGUUCUGGAUAGAAGAGCCAGAGACUCCCAGUGGCUUCAGGUUUGCCUCUGAGGGCCUGGAGACAGCAGAUGGCAUAAGAUUAGGUGGCUGCCAGGCCUUAGACGUAGGCCAUAGCUGCAGCUUUCCACCUAGAAAGAUGUAAUUUACAGGAUGCGGUGAGGAUGACAUGAGGUUGACAAUGCAGAGGUCCCUUGUCAACUGGGGAGUGCGACACCAAUGUAAAAAUGAUUAAUGGUGUCAGAAUGGCCCCAGCCAGUGGCUGGCCCAGGCUGUAGAGGGAAGCAGUUCUCUUGCCAUCCCUCAUGCCCACACCAACAGUACCCUUCGUCCUAAACCCAGGCUCAGCCUCGGGGACCUUUUCAACACGCCACAGCAUGGAUUAACAGUAGGAACACAUACCAGUGAAUGCCCUGUUGGGGGUUUUAUGAACACAAUGGAGUGUACAAAGAAGACUGUGAUGUCACUGGGUGACAUAACCAUGGGACCAUGAUAUAGAGUCCCAGCUAUUGAACACUCAGUCUUAGCUUGUAGCUGACAGCUGUGUGGCACAUGACAGUAUUACAGUCUAGGCAGCCAAUGUCCAAGUAUCUUGAACUUGAUGAGUAAGUCAUUUCUCAAACCUGGAACAGAAGUCCCUUAAAAGCAGACCUUGUUCCAGGAAGCUGAGUCCACUGGGGCAGUGUUCCUAGGCUGUUGCAUUUAGACCAAGAAUCAUUGCAAGAUCCCCAGAGAGAGGAAAAAGGUGAUCAGUUCACUGGGAUUGUUGUACAACUGACAUGUUUGGAAUCGACCCUCUUGAGAGUGUGUAAAACAAGCAGAUUUAUUUCCAAGAAUGCCUCUGUGUUAUAACCAGAGUGCUUGUGCUGUUAGUUCUGGCUUCUGAAGGGCUCUUGAGAAAGACAUGCUUGUCUGUGUCAGACAGUCUGUAACAUGCCUCCCCUGGGCUUGUUAAAGCAUGAAGACUCUGCAUGAAGCAAGAGAGUCUCUGCAGUCCCUUUCCCAAUCCAAAAUGUACUUCACAGGAUGCUCCCAGUAUGUUUCCUUUCUGUGUCCUGCUCAGACUUCUGGUAAAACUAAGGAGCACGAAGGAGGCAAUGAAAAGUCAGAAAUGCACCUGCACCUUCCCAGGCUUUUACUGACAGCUUGUUGUGUGCUGGGACUCUAGCUCAGCCUCUACAGUGUGGAUGCUCGCUGCAGUUAUACCGGCAGCUCUGAACUGUGCUGAAAACCAGGAGCCCACACAGAGAGGCUGAUGUCAUUGACCUGGGCAUGGUUGUGGCCUCGGACUUCAGGAAGCUAACCAGGUGAAUCUCACAUGCAGUCAUAUUGAAGACUUCUUCCCUAGACAUGCAGGGAGGAACAGCUAGACCUGGGGUCAGAGGUGGGGGCUGGUAAGUUAGGCUGUGCCCCAGCUGAGCUUUGUACUAGCUGUCUAAGCAGGAAGCCUUAGAGGCAGUUUGAAAUAGGGCAGCCUGUUCUGUCAGGUCCCAGAAUGUAUAUUUAUUAAGUGCCAUUAAAAGGGACCUGAAGAAAAUUGGAUAUUCUUGUAGGCGUCAGGGGAAAAAAUGAAAUGUGCUUAGAACCAAGGCUAUUUCAUGAAAGGAAAAUAAAAAUGCAUUCAGUAGCAUGUGGGUUAUGGUUUCUCAGGCCAGGGGAUGAGAUUAAAAGCCACUGGAGAGUGAGAGCAGGCGUACUGGGAAGAUAGAGCACGGCCUGGAUUUCCUCCAGGGGACUGUGUGUAAUGUGCCUUUUACCCCCAAUGCCUAGAACCAUUGCACUGUGUCUUAUUUAUUUCACUCUUGGGCUGUCACAUGCAAACUCACAAAGAUAGUUGCCUAAGAAUGGAACAAAACUCCCAAGACUUGAAGGAUGGUUCACACAAUACUCCCCGCUCCUCACAGUGGAGUCAUAGCCCUUUAACUCAUUGAGCUCCAACUUAGUUUUGGACACGAGGAAGGGAAGAUGAAUGAAUUCUUGAGCAAUGUGACGAGCACUGACUCGGUGAGCAACUGCUGUGAACUGCUAGCAAUAAAAGAC